AUGCCGCCAUUUACACCUGAAGAUAUUGACAGCGUGAGGGCAAGCUUCCCCGCAUUGUCAGGAGAUUAUAUAUUCUUUAAUACUGCAGCUGGAAGCCAGGUGUUGGGAUCAGUAGCUGAUCGUGUACGGGACUACCUCAUAACCCCAAACCUCGUCAACGACGGUUAUAAAGCCGCAGCAGACUUCAUCAACGCCUCCCCAGAUGAAAUAGUCUUCGGCUCCUCCGCAACCCAACUCCUUCACAACCUCUCUCACGCCCUCUCCUUCUCACCCGAAGAUGAGAUCCUCCUCUGCCCCCUCGACCACGAGUCCAACAUCGCCCCUUGGCUCGCCUUAGCAGCACGUCAAAAUCUCAAAAUCCGCUGGUGGCACCCCCAACUCCCACCUGAAGAUCAACCGGGUUGCGUCAACCCCAAGCUCGACCUCACCAACCCUCCCAUCUCCCCCAAAACCCGCCUCAUUUGUUUAACCCACACAACCAACAUCCUCGGCACCAUCCACGACAUCAAAUCCCUCUCCGCCAAAAUCCGCCUCCUAAACCCCCAGACCCUUCUCUGCGUUGACGGCGUAGCCCACGCACCCCACCGCCGAAUCGACGUCAAAGAUCUCGGGGUCGACUUUUACGUCUUCAGCUGGUACAAGCUUUUCGGACCUCGAAUCUCACAGCUGUACGCCGGUCCCUGCGCUAGGGCACAGCUCCAGUCCAUGGGGCAUUUCUUCAACCCUGCUGAGAGUUUGGAUGACAAGAUUGGGCUGGCGGGGGGGUGGUGUCAGGAGUUGAUUUACGGGAUUCCGGCUGUGGUGGAGUAUCUGACGCCGAGAUGGGAGGGGGUUGUAGACCAGGAGGAGAGGUUACAGUCGGUUUUGCUGGGUUUGUUGGCGGGGUUGGAUGGAAAGAUAACGAUUUACGGGGAGUGGUGUGGUGAUGCUAAGGUGAGGGUGCCAACGGUGAGUUUUAGGGUGAGGGGGUGGAAGUCGAAGGAUUUUGUAGAGGCUAUUGAGCGGGAGACAAAUGGGAGGGUUAAGUUGAGCUGGGGGACUUAUUACUCUGUGAGGCUGGCUAAGGAGGUGCUUGGGCUGGGGGAUGAUGGGGUUGUGAGGGUGAGUUUGGCGCAUUAUAACACUGGUAAGUUAUUGCGUUGA